CACAAAAAGAAAAACACACGAUGACAGCUGAGUUUAACUCGCGUAACACAUUUCGCAAAUCGGGUGUAAGUAGUCUAAGUACUAAUCCUCGUAAUGUAAUUACUUCUGCGAAUCCAUCGGGGGGAAGUAGCGCGUCGCUUCUCCAAAAACAAUUGUCAUUUAAAACCCCAAUUUGUUCGAAUCAAUUUGGUAAAGCUGACGAGGUUGAAAUUAUUGACAAUUCUAAUUUAGAUAACUUGGCGGGACAAUAUAAUAAGAACAAUAUCAUUGGCUGGAUAUGUUGUGCCCCCUGUAUAUGGCUGCGCACCUCUGCUGCAGUGCACAAAGUCGCUAUUACGUCCGCAACUUUACUAGUUACAACUUUAUUGGUCGCAUCGCCAAUAUUAUUUCUAAUUAGUACAGCUCCCUCUCCACUUCCAAGGGAUUGCUAUAUGGACGGUGACGGUUGUUCACCUACAGUUGCAUCUACUUCGGAAUGCACGGAAGAUAUUUGCGAAACUGUUUCUUCGAACAUUCAAGCGAGACUUAACUGGAAUAAAGAUCCUUGUUCAGAAUUUAAGAAAUUCAGUUGCUGGCGUCGAAAGUUCAAUAAAAAUGUAACGAACAUAAUUGAAAUGGGUAACUCACAAAAAUCAGUCGAUAUUCAAAUGCUAAUGCUUCUGAACAAUUCAAGUAUAAGUGAAAAUUUUAAGAAACUUAAAAUCUUAUAUGAGAGCUGCCUUAAGUUGACAACAAAUUCGAGCGAUAUACACCGCAUCUUUAAUCAAUUAGGAGGUUACUUAACGGUUGGAGUCAUUGGCCCUUCAUCAAUUGCACCGCUUGUAGCUAAAAUCUAUGAGCUUGGUCCCAGUCCACUUGUUGAUAUAUAUUAUGAUCUAAGUUAUGGAAGAAGACCACAUGUUCUUCUUAUCAUAAGCGGACCAAGUACUUCAUCAGUUAUAUUAGAGAAUAAAAUUCGUUGGAUGAGCCCCAAGGCACCUCCCAAUCGCUUACGACAAGGAAUACCAAAUCUCUUGCCAGAUUUAAUUGAUCGUGUUUUACCAAGUCACUUAUCAUAUGAUCAACGUGUGUCUGAGAAAGAGACAAUUAUAGAAUUUAUAAAGGAUCUUAACAAGCUGCAAGUUGAGCAAUCACGACGUGGAUUUUGGGAUAGCUCUGUUUUGUAUAAUAUUUCUAGUUUACAUUCGAUGUACCCAGUUCUAAACUGGACAUUAUUAAUCCCAAAGAACUGGAGUGGUCCAAUAGUUGUAAGAAAUGCAGAUUAUCUGAAGGCGCUGCAAUCAUUUCUUACAAAAUAUCCAUCUCGAAUCGCACACAACGCUAUGCUAUUGUUAAGUGUACUGGAAAUUUUACCAAAAGAUUUUCCAACACCAGAGGUGUGCACACGCUCUACUAUGUGGGCUUUACCAGAAUUAGCAUCAGCACUGUAUAUUUCGCAAUAUUCGUCAAUUGAUUCAAAAGACAUAAUAAAACGGGCAGAUAUAAUCUUCAAAUCGCUCAAAGCUCACCUAAAACGAGCUCCUUCUCUAAAAGGCGCUGCGCUUGUAAAGCUGUCAGCAUUAAAAAUUCAAUCAAAGACAUGGGAAGGAUUCACGAACGUAACCCAAUUAACAAAAUCAGUGGAACGCCUUCAGAUCACGCCGGAUAAUUGGCUUGAAAAUAUUUUAGAGAUAUAUAAAACGAAUAAAAUCGUACCGAAUAAAAUAAAUAUGGACUUUAGCUCCCAUGAUGCAUGGGCAUACCCUAUUGUGUCGACCAUAUUCUAUGAUACAUUAAGCCAUUCAAUUGUUGUUCCUUUGUCGGUCAUACUAAUACCAUAUUUUAAUGCACGAUUGCCUCCAUAUCUGCAUUAUGCUUCAGUUGGCGUUUCAAUCGCCAAGGAAAUUUUGCGUUCAAUAACGAAAAGCUUUGAUGAUAAGGCAAUGCGUUGUGUUCCGCAUUCCGUCAAUAUAUUUUCAAACUUUAGUCGCAUGGAUAUAUUAAUUCAUUCUGGAGGAAUGCAAAUUUCAUACCAUUCCAUGCUUUCACUCACUGGUCCAAUCAAAGGAAUGGCACGACUUCCCGGGUUGAAUUUGACACCAACGCAAAUUUUUUUUUAGUUUUCUGCGCAAGAGCUGUGUUCUGAAUCAAAUUAUCUAGGAAUCGAUACUAACGCAACAGAGUUUGACCACAUAUUGGGUUGGCUCAUUGCACAAGGAGGCAGUGCGACAGAAGUUUUUAAAUGUCCGUCGGGCUCUAUGAUCAAUAUA